GACAAUUUCAGGUAAAAUGAAAUAUUGUUUUGGAGUAAACAUAACCGUUUAUAAAGUCAACAGAACAAUUUUCGAGCGUGUCCAUUUGGACGUUCGUGCCAAACGAGAAUUAAUUCGGGUAGAACGAUUUUUUUCUAAAAAUAUGUUCCUAGUUAUAAAAAGGUUGAGACCCAAUUUAGAGAAGUUAUUUACCCACAAAAUAAGUCCAGGAAUCAUUUUAAAGUUCAUCAUCAUUGUGCCAUCAGUUUUGGAUUACAAUGGCUCGGAUAUUUUGCAAGAAUUUUAUGUCAAAAGGGUUCAUUUCAACUUGUUUCCUUGUCGUGGUUUACAUUUCAUCAGUCUCAGGAGAUGGCCCAGCUCGUCCUAUGCUGAUAUCCUUACCCAUCAACGUUAGAGCAUCUAUGCCAGUUGGACCACCACCGUUUUACGACUUAGCAGAGAGUGCUGAAGAACAGCGACGAGACGAGAGAGUCAUACAUCGAGACAACGACUCACCAAACGACUAUUUCUAUCAAGACGACAACAACUUCAAUUCAAGAACACAACCAGGUUUCCUGUCUUGGAACCCUGGAUCCAAAUUCAUGAUGCUUCAGCUCAACGACUACAUUGGUGCUCGGGCCAAUGAGCAAGAAGAUCAGCCAGAGAACAACUCGGAUGAAUAUGAGAAAACAGAAGAUUCUCAUUCCAGGAAACAGAGACGCUUGCCAUCUGAACUGCUGUCGGAUUUUCCAGGGUUUGAAGAUUACAGAAGGCUGAUGGGAUCCAGGCGAAAACCGAGCUCAUCCACGAAGAAAUCCAAAGCAUCUUCCUUAGCAACUGAAAGUAAACUUAGGUACGUGGAUCAAAGCGGUGAAGAGGAGGGUGGAGAAGUUUACGGCGCCGAGCCAGUGAUUCAUUUCAUAAAGGAAAGCAGAAAAAGAAAAAACGUUAGCAGCAAAAUGUUUAACAACAAUGAUGAUCAGGAAGAAAGUAACGGAUUUAAUAUGAGGGGUUGGUGGGGUGACUAUUAAAUGACUUUGGAAUGUUUGAAUUCGUACCUGAUUGACCUUCAUUCUUUAUUGUGAAAAAAACUGAUUAAAAAAAUUUUUGUGUGUUCACAAAAUGAAAUAAAAAUGGAGGCGAUAUCCGCUGAAAACUACCACCCCAUCUAAAAUGAAAAGUUUCCUGAACAAAAUUGCAGAUUGCUAAGUCGCAACUUUCAGAAACGCGAACUGGACGCAACCACGAUGACAAAAUUUCGACAGAUUAAAAAAAAAACGGAUACUCAAAUCAUAUUUAUUAUGAUUAGGAUUCGUAUUUUUGUUGUUGAUGGAAUCACUUUUGCAUCUUUAGAUCCA